AUGAAGAGGAUAUCCCUGGCUUGCAAGCCCUGCAAAGACAUCAAGUCCAAGUGUGAUAACUUCCAACCAUGCACAAGGUGUGUUCAGUCCAACAUAGCAGAUCAGUGCAUCAGGCUGCGAGUGGCGAGGGGGGCGAGGAAGAGAAGCACAGUAGCGUGUAUCCCUUGCAAGAGAGCAAAGUUGAAGUGUGACGAGGAGAGGCCUUGCUCGCGCUGCAAGCGUCUCGGCAGAGAGUGGGACUGCAUCGACGAGCAGCUAGAGCUCAUCCAGUCGCAGCUGGUUGACCUGAACGAGGAUCAGUUCGACCGGCUCGAUGUAAGCAAAGAAGAUUUCGAGUCCCGUUUGUUAAACGCCGCCGACCCCUUCGUGCGGUUGUUGAAAAUUAUCAACCUCGACCGUGAAAGAAGCUACGAUCGAUGGAUGAGCGACUUCGAUGCCGACAUGUAUGCGGGGGAAACGAUCCUAGGGAUGCAGAAGUCGAAGGAGGGCCAGGAGCGGCUGCUUGCCCUGUCGCGGGAGCUGGAGACCCUGUACGGGCCGUUUGUUGCUAGGGCUGAACAAAUACUCCAGCAGAGGUUGCGAGAGCUGUCGACAGAGCAGCCGGUCACCGCAGUGAAUGUGAUGCACAAGCUUCCAGGUCAGUUUCAGCCUCCUGUCAGUGCCACUGGCCAAUCAGAGACACUUCGACCUACUAUGUCUGAAGGGACUUGA